CGAUCGCAUAAAUCAAACGUUUUUGAUCAGGCAUCUUUACAGACAACUAGGUAGGCGACAAUUACCCAACAUUCCUUGGGGCAGUCCUUUCCCUCCUCCAUCUUUUCCCGUAGUGACGGUGAACUGACCGGGAGAACACUUAAAAUGCCUGGCAGACUCUGGAGUAAGGCCAUCUUUACUGGCUAUAAGCGUGGUCUGAGGAACCAGCGUGAGCACACAGCCCUCCUGAAAAUUGAGGGAUGUUACACCAGAGAUGAAGUUGACUUCUACCUGGGAAAACGUUGCGCAUAUGUCUACAAGGCCAAGAAAAACACAGUCACGCCGGGCGGCAGUCCCAACAAAACCAGAGUCAUCUGGGGGAAGGUGACCCGUGCUCACGGAAACAGUGGGAUGGUCCGAGCCAAGUUCAGCAGCAACCUGCCAGCCAAAGCGAUUGGACACCGUAUCAGAGUGAUGCUGUACCCUUCUCGAGUGUGAAGAGAACUUGCCGUCACAUGUUGUUUGUACAGAAACAAUAAAAUGAUCAGAUUGAUCGAGCUGC